GGUUACUAUGUGAAAAUUCCAAGAUGGCGCGUUCCGUCAUGAGCUGACUUUGUUGGUGGCGCGCGCACCGUAGCGGUAGCGCCGAGGGCUGUUCUACUCCUCUUCCUCGCCAACGGCAACUUCCGUGGGGUCAUUCGUUCCUUAUUCUUGUUUUCUUCUUCUCUUUUCAAACACAGGCGGAGGUCAGUUAGUUCCUGCUGCGUUAAAACUUUUCGAGGCCAAAACGUUUUGAGGCCAAAACACUCGCUAGAAACCAUACAAACCAAAUUCCUGCAAGCCAACAGCUGCACCCAAAGGAACUCCAAAUGUCCAGUAUCCAUCAGGAUCUCAACAAGCUGGUAGCAGUUUUCCAGUUCUUGGCCGACGUGAUGCUGAACGCCAUGAAGUAUGCCUCUUGAGCGAUGGCUUCUUCUGUCACUUCCCGACGCUUCCUGUGGCUGCGAGGAUGGCAAGCGGACAAUAAGGCGAAACGGCACUUGGUGUCGGCACCAUAUGCUGGGGGAUCCCUAUUCGGGGCAUCCCUGAUCCUCGUUGAGGACAAAAAUAAGAAAAAGGUCCUGCACUGGACAACCAAGAACGCUGACCAGAAGAUCACACAGUAUUAUUGAAAGCCCGCUUUUCGCCAGCCAGAGCAGAACACCCAGCAGAGCAGGUAUACAUUUUGAAAGCAACUUGAACAAUCUACUAUUCUUCUGGAUUGCAUUGCUUUACAGACUAAAACGUUUUCCUGACUAAGAGUUUAUCUAAUGACGAUGAAUCUGCUUCCUGGGUAUACUUUUUAUGUUCUGGAAUAUUGAAGCUCUUCAAGAUUAUUGUCUAUGUGGAAGCCAGCCUUUGUCAUACUUAAUUAAAGAGAUUAAAUUCUGCUAGUAAUGAGUUCUCAAAAUCAUUCAGUUGAUGUGUCUGCAACAGUACCUAUGCAAGUUUCACCUAUGGAUUUUCACUUGGAUCAUCAAUUCUCCAUAUCAGUGACUGAACCUACAUUACGCGAACAGCAGCUCCAACAGGAAUUGUUAGCCCUCAAACAAAAACAACAAAUCCAGAGACAGAUCCUCAUAGCAGAAUUCCAGAGACAGCAUGAACAACUUUCUCGUCAACAUGAAGCCCAACUACAUGAACACAUAAAGCAACAACAGGAGAUUUUAGCAAUGAAACAUCAGCAGGAGCUAUUGGAACACCAGAGAAAAUUAGAACAGCAUCGGCAGGAGCAAGAGUUGGAGAAACAACACAGGGAACAGAAGCUCCAGCAGCUUAAAAACAAAGAGAAAGGAAAAGAAAGUGCAGUGGCAAGUACAGAAGUAAAAAUGAAAUUGCAAGAGUUUGUUUUAAAUAAAAAAAAGGCUUUGGCUCAGCGAAAUCUCAACCACUGCAUUUCCAAUGAUCCUCGUUUCUGGUAUGGGAAAACACAACAUAGUUCUCUUGAUCAGAGCUCUCCACCACAGAGUGGAAUGUCAGGCGCUUACAAUCACCCUGCAUUAGGAAUGUAUGAUUCCAAAGAUGAUUUUCCACUCAGAAAAACAGCAUCUGAACCCAAUCUCAAAUUGCGAUCUAGAUUAAAGCAGAAGGUUGCUGAAAGGCGCAGCAGUCCUUUGUUAAGACGAAAAGAUAGUCCUGUAGCUACAGCUCUUAAAAAACGUCCAUUAGAUGCGACAGAAUCUGCAUGCAAUAGUGCUCCUGGAUCUGGCCCUAGUUCUCCAAACAAUAGUUCCAGUAAUAUAAGCACUGAAAAUGGAGUUGGAUCAGUUAUAAAUAUACAAACAGAGACCACCUUGGCUCAUAGACUGGUUAAUCAUGAAGGUUCAGUAACACAGCUUCCAUUGUACACUUCUCCCUCAUUGCCUAAUAUAACCUUAGGACUACCUGCAGCAGCCCCAUGUACUGGUGCAUCAGGACAGCAAGAUUCUGAAAGACUUACUAUUCCAUCAUUACAACAACGAAUCUCCAUAUUUCCUGGCACCCAUAUCACUCCUUAUUUGAACAGUACAGCAGUGGAUAGAGAAGGGGGAUCAACACACAGCCCUCUUCUUCAACACAUGGUUUUACUGGAACAGUCAACUGCACAAAAUCCAUUGGUAUCAGGACUCGGGACACUCCCUCUCCAUGCACAAUCUCUUGUGGGUGCUGAUAGACUGUCUCCCUCAAUACACAAACUGCGGCAGCACCGUCCUCUGGGGCGCACCCAGUCUUCUCCCCUUCCCCAGAAUUCACAGGCCCUCCAGCAAUUGGUGAUCCAACAACAGCAUCAACAGUUCUUGGAAAAACACAAACAACAAUUUCAACAGCAGCAGUUGCAUAUUAAUAAGAUGUUGCCAAAAUCAAAUGAAGCUUCCCGUCAGCAUGAAAGCCACCCAGAAGAGACUGAAGAAGAAUUAAGAGAACAUCAGACAUUUGUGGAAGACCAAUAUAUUGACAGCACAGCAAAUCAAAAGGAAAUUCAAAGAUUGACCCAAGUGGUCCAUGUGAAGCAAGAACCUGCUGAAAAUGAUGAAGAUGGAGAACAAGAAGAAUUGGAAGCAGGACAAAGGCAAGCAGAACAGGAAUUGCUCUUCAGACAGCAAACUCUUUUAUUGGAACAGCAGCGCAUUCAUCAGCUCAGAAAUUACCAGGCAUCCAUGGAAGCUGCUGGUAUUCCAGUAUCCUUUAGUGGACAUCGGCCACUUUCUCGAGCUCAGUCAUCACCUGCUUCUGCCAAUUUUCCAUUAUCAACACAAGAGACGCAGUGUAAGCCACAGUUCACAACAGGCCUUGUAUAUGACACCUUGAUGCUGAAACACCAGUGCGUUUGUGGAAACACAAACAGUCAUCCAGAACAUGCAGGAAGAAUCCAAAGCAUUUGGUCCCGUCUUCAGGAAACAGGUCUUCGUAGCAAGUGUGAGUGUAUCCGUGGAAGAAAAGCAACUCUAGAAGAAUUACAGACUGUGCAUUCAGAAGCACACACACUGAUUUAUGGUACCAACCCUUUGAACAGACAGAAAUUGGACAGCAAGAAACUGUUAGGCUCUCUGACAUCACUGUUUGUCAGGCUUCCAUGUGGUGGCAUUGGGGUGGACAAUGAUACAAUUUGGAAUGAAGUGCAUUCAUUCAGUGCUGCUCGUCUUGCUGUUGGCUGUGUCAUAGAGCUUGUAUUUAAAGUAGCUACAGGAGAACUUAAGAAUGGAUUUGCUGUAGUUCGACCUCCUGGUCACCAUGCAGAAGAAAGUACCCCUAUGGGUUUUUGCUAUUUUAACUCUGUAGCCAUUUCUGCCAAACUUCUCCAGCAGAGACUGAAUGUGAACAAAAUCCUCAUAGUGGAUUGGGAUGUACAUCAUGGAAAUGGUACGCAGCAAGCUUUCUACAGUGAUCCCAAUGUCCUUUAUAUUUCACUACAUCGCUAUGAUGAUGGAAACUUCUUCCCAGGCAGUGGAGCCCCUGAUGAGGUUGGCAUAGGAUUGGGUGUUGGUUUUAACGUAAAUAUAGCAUUUACUGGUGGUCUUAAUCCACCAAUAGGAGACCCAGAAUACUUGACUGCUUUCAGAACAAUAGUAAUGCCUAUUGCUCAUGAAUUUGCUCCAGAUGUUGUACUGGUGUCAUCAGGGUUUGAUGCAGUAGAAGGUCAUCCUGCACCUCUUGGGGGAUAUAAUCUAUCGGCAAAAUGCUUUGGGUAUCUCACCAAACAGCUUAUGGGGCUGGCUGGAGGACGAAUCAUUCUGGCUCUUGAAGGAGGUCAUGACCUAACAGCCAUUUGUGAUGCAUCUGAAGCAUGUGUUUCUGCUUUGCUAGGAAAUGAGCUUGAUCCUAUUCCUGAAAAAAUACUACAGCAGACAGCAAAUAUUAAUGCAGUGCAUUCCAUUGAGAAGGUCAUUGAAAUACACAGUAAAUAUUGGCAUUCGCUUCAACAUUAUUCUUCAACAGUCAGUUAUUCUUUGAUAGAUGCACAGAAGUGUGAUAAUGAAGAAGCAGAAACCGUAACAGCAAUGGCAUCUUUGUCAGUUGGAGUUAAACCACUUCCUGAAAAAAAUCUGGAUGAGGAGCCUAUGGAAGAGGAUCCUCUUCUGUAGCAUACUCCUGGUUUCAAGCGUUCCAGUGAAAUUCAUCUUGUCUUUGAAGGCCUGCCAAGAAGCUUUCUAUUGUUAUACCUGCAUCCUGCCCUGAUUUUCUUCCAGAAAGGCAGCCAUGUUGAAAAACAGAUUAAUUUCUCCAUAUUGUAAUUGUAUGGAUUACGCUCAUGGAAAACAAAACAAAUAAAAUGCAGGUGAAGAACAGCAAUAUGGAUUACAGACACACUGAGUGAUCUUCCUUUUUUCCUCAAUGGAAGCUAUAAGAAGCAAGAUGCUAGGGAAGUAUUUGGUUGUCAGCUUUUGCUGUUGUUUCAAAAUCAAAGACUUAACAUGUAUGUAACAAUUUUCAUUUAAACUGGUGCUUAACAUUUAAUUACAUUCAGACUACUCAAAGUAAAUUCUACUUUUGUUUCAGUAUUUUUGUGGUUCUUGCGUAUUUGUGAAUAAGAGUUCUUCAAAACUCAGACCCUGAGGAGGGUUAUUUUUCUUCUUGUGAAGGGUAAAAAGAAAACUAAGUUUUUAUAUAUUCAUUCAAAUUAUAUAAAUGUGAAGAGGGAGAGUGUAAAAUAAGAAAGAUAGCCAGAAAAGGGAUAUUGGCAUUGCCAAAGCCAUUGGAAAAGUUUGUGCCUUUUAAAAUAAUAGACUGACUUGGGCAGCUAUUUUUUCCUGACAUUUUUGAGGAACUAUGCCUUAAAGAUAAAAAAAACUUUGUAGCGGUUCUUCUGGCAGAAAAAGCCAAGAACUGCAUUCUGUAAGAAAGAUUCUAGGAUUUCUGCUAGCAUGAUUAUUUAAAGCAAGCAAAGGCCAGAGCUUCUCCCAAACAGUCUACAACCUUAUUUUGAUUUUUCUUUCCUUGCUGUUUAAUUUUUUUAAAAUUAAGGUAAUAUGACAAGUGUUGUUGGGUUUCUUAAGUUCAUUGAUUUUUUAAAAAUCCAACAUCUUCUUCUAUACAUUAUGGAUAACAAAUUAUCAAUUUGGUUGUAAAGGCAUGCACAAAUACAAUUGCAAUUUUUUUUAAAAAUGGAAUGCUUUUUAUUAAAAGCAGAUUGCAUGGAAUAUUGCUUAAUUUUUUAGGUAUAAAUAUUUAUGUAUGCUGUGUAAUGAAUAAUAUAAAUAUAUUCCAAACUUAGGAAAAUGACUCUUAGAAAUUAUUAAUUAAAUAUUUAUAAUGCAUUUAUAUUACCUAUAUCAAUGGUGGCAACCAUUGGAAAUUCCUUCCAAAGUAUUUGUGGAUUGAAAGGUUAAGAUCUAGUUAAAAUGCCCAUUUCCAAAGUGCAGUUUGGAACAUUAAAAUGCCCAACAUUUUAGCCACUGGGCAACUACCCUACAUACUGUUAUUUAACUUUUAAGUUCUUCAGUGUUGACCCUCUUUUAACAAACAAAGUAUUUCUGGUAAAUAUUUGUUUACUAUUGAUUUAUUUUUUCACAUUAGUUUUCAAAUAAAGCCAAUUAUUUGCAUUGAUUUUCAUGUUUGGUUUGGUUUGAGAACUGUGUUUCCAGACAUUAUUUUCUGGACAUACAUAAUUUUUCCUUGGACACUAAAGUUUUCUUAUUUCCCGAUUUUUGUACAGAAAACACUUUUUAAUAUUGUGCAUGUUGCAAACUGAUAUGUAUUAUUUUCAGAAUAUUCUUUUCUCAAAAGGAAGGAUUCCACAGUCAUUUUUAAGAUCAAAAAUUGAUUGUAUAAUUUGUCAGUUCUUCAGUUGUAGUUGUUAUGCUACCUAAAGUAAAUGAUAAACUUUCCUCUCUUGAAAUUGAUUAGUAUUAUAAAGAGCAAUGUAUAUUCUCAAUGGCAAGGAUUAUUAAAGGCAUUAAUAAUUUAAAUAAAUAAGUUGAAAGAUUGCAAUAUUCUGUUGGUACAGUUAAUACUGAGAAAACACACAUUACUGUGCUUGAAUAAUCCCUUUAAAGAUUAUUUCAAAAUAAAUAACAAUAAUAAUAAUUACAUUAGGUUUUUGAGAGUGUGUUAAUCUUCACCAUGAUCUCUUUUCUUCUACAUAUUUUUUUAAAAUGAGAGCAGUUGACCCUCUUAUGUAACUGCUUAAAUUUUUAGCAGGGAAAUUAGAAGAGAUUAAUUUUUUUCUAAAGAAACAUUUUUUGGUUAUAUUAACUGACAGAGUCAACUUAUAAUUAUGUAGUUUUGAAAAGGUUUUUUCUUUCAUGCCAUUAUGAUUGGAGUUAUGAGAAUAUAAACAUAAAUUUCAAUGAGUGCAGACUAGUUUUAGGAGUUUAUUUAAUGAAAAAGUUAAUAUGCAAUUUUUAAAACAGACACUACAAUAUUAAUCUUCAUGUUAACCCAAAUGGAUUCAAAACCCAAAUGGAUUCUUUUUGGCAUUAGAACUGCCAGGAGCAUACUCAAAGACUAAAGUUUGAUGGUAAAGAUAAAAUGUAUAUUUUAUAAAAUGCUUUGCUGCUGUGUUCUAAAAAGAUUUUUGUGUGAAAUUACUUGGUUUUGUAUUUUGUUAAUUUACUAUGUUUUACUACAAUUGAUAAAAAUUGUUGAAUUCUGUGAUCACUGCAACUUCAAAUCUAUUUUAUAUUUGAACAUAAAAAUUGUCAAUAAUUUUUUGUCACAAAAAAUAAUAAUAUGUAUCAAUGGUGUUAAUAUGAUUGGUUUUAAUGUUACUUUUAAGAGCAUUCAUUUGUUACUUUCAAAUUGCUACAUCUUUGGAAGUGAAAAGCAUUUCUAAAGUCAGAAAGAAUUUUGGUAUAUGUAAUUUGCCCCAUAAUUUAUUAAUUCCUUUUUAAAAUAAAUAUACCAUAAUCUCACUGUACGCCUAAAACUGAAUUUCUUCUGCAGUUAUUCUAGGAGAGAAAAGAUAUGCAUGGUUGGAGGAUGGAAAUAAUUUUAUUUAAUAAAAGCAUAGAUAAGGAAGGUUUCUGGGCUCUGUGAAUAAACAAAAAGCUCAGUGUGAGUAAGACAAUGUAUCAUCUCCAAUUACAGUUUUUUAUAUACUAUAAGGAAGAGGUACCUAGGUUCUACCAGCAGGAUUCUAUAUGUUUUUUGAUUAAUGCAAUUCUGAAGGUAAAGAGUGAUUUCCUACACUUCUGUUACAACAUGUUAAAAAGAAUAAUCUAAAAGUAAGUUCCAUUGUAUAAUAUAAUAGAUCAUAAUUCUUUUACUUUUUACUUUCGGUACAGACAAACAUUCCUUUUUAUUAAUCAUGUACUCAUUCCAGUUUUCUUUUUCUAAAAUUUUAGACUCACAUUUUAUGGGCAUUGAUAAAUAUAUAAAUAUAUUUUUUCAAGUUUCCAAUAGUUAAAAAAAUAUGGUCUAUUAGGUUCGCAUGCCUUUGUAUCGUAAACAGACUUUGCACGCUACACUUGGCAAAAGUGUACGCUACACUUUUUUCACUGUGGGAAAAAGCUUUCUGAUGGCAUUAGCAAGAUAUACAAGUUGGGUAGCUUUGUGUCACACAAAAAUAAGAGGCAUGGACAAGGGAAGUUUAAUUGACUCAUCUGAUUAAGGACCUAUGCUUUUAAUGUAACAUUUAAAAA